CCAGUGUUGUGUGCCUUCUUGCACUUGCCGCUUUUGAUUGGCGGCCAAUCGCAAGUACGACUGGUAGACGGAUCCAGCAACUACUCAGGAAGAGUGGAGGUUCUUUAUGACGGCCAGUGGGGGACCAUCUGUGGGGAGUUCUGGGACCUGUUUGACGCCAUGGUAGUCUGCAGGCAGUUGGGGAUUUACUCCACAAGCAUUGCUGUUUAUUCUGAUGCACACUAUGGCCAAGGGUCUGGAGAAACUUUGCUUCAUCCCCACUGCAAUGGAGGAGAGUCAGACCUGUUUGAUUGCCACGUUAUUCUUUUCCCAGACUGUACACAUGACUUGGAUGCGGCAGUGGAUUGCACUCCACGUACGUUACACUUAGUCAGUGUAUAGCAAAAACCCUGUGUCGUGCUAUAUUAUGAUUGUAUGCAAGGCUGCU